AUGGAGGAUGCUGAUUAUUUACCUACUGAGUAUGAUGAUAAAGAUAAUGAUUUAACUUUUGAUUACGAUGAUACAGAUAAUGAUUUAGCUACUAAUAAUGGUGAUAAUGAUUUAACUACUGAUAAUGACGAUAAAGAUAAUGAUUUAGCUACUGAUAAUGGUGAAAAGGGUAAUGAUUUAGCUACUGAUAAUGAUUUAGCUACUGAUAAUGGUGAAAAGGAUGCUGAUUAUUUACCUACUGAGUAUGAUGAUAAAGAUAAUGAUUUAACUUUUGAUUACGAUGAUACAGAUAAUGAUUUAGCUACUAAUAAUGGUGAUAAUGAUUUAACUACUGAUAAUGACGAUAAAGAUAAUGAUUUAGCUACUGAUAAUGGUGAAAAGGGUAAUGAUUUAGCUACUGAUAAUGAUUUAGCUACUGAUAAUGGUGAAAAGGGUAAUGAUUUAGCUACUGAUAAUGGUGAUCAAGAUAAUACCUCAGCUCAAGUUCAAUUUCUUUAUUUACUUUGA